AUGAGUAUCUUCAGAGACGGCGUAGCUAUCAUUGGUGCCGGCAUUGCUGGUCCUGCUCUGGCCUUGGCGCUCCACGAGAAAAACAUCCCCUGUCGAUUGUAUGAGAAGAGAAGUGCUGCGGAUGCAGAUGUACUUAGCAGUGGAGUGGUCAUUUCCCCAAACGGAUGUAAAGUACUCGACGAGUUACAUAUCCUCGAGCGAAUAAGCUCCCGUUCUUACCGCGCCGAGACGACUGUUAUCAAAAAUGAUGAGAACGAGACGGUCAGAAAGGUCGAGGUGGCUCCCGAGAGAUUGUACGGAUACAAGUACCAUCGACUUUAUCGACUCAUUCUGCUCCAAGAGAUGAAGACCAUGAUGGAGCAGAAGAAUAUUCCAGUCAUUUACGGCGCAAAGUUCGAAUCCAUUGUCAGCGACACGGAAGAAGGUGUGGAAUUCAUUGUCAAUGGUAGAGUUGAAAGGGCCGCCAUCCUCAUUGGCGCAGACGGGAUCCAUUCGAGCGUGAGAGAGCACGUCACCGACCAGAUUCCCCAGUACACUGGGCUGGUAUGCGUCUACGGACACAUUCCUACGUCAAGCGUUGAAUGGCCAGAUGAUGAUUUCAAGACUGGGUGCACCAUUCAAGGGAAAGGGGACGCAAUCUUCAUGGUACCAGAGACUGCGGAUGGAUCCGAUCUCAUGGUUGGCAUCCAGCUCAAGCAUGAGCUUCGGGACCGUGCGCAGUGGGAUUCAAUUGCUUCCGACAACACACAACUGACUGCUCUCAUCCGCCAAAGUCAUGGCUUGUGGAACGGCGUCGGCAAGACCUUGAUUGACCAGCUUUGCAAACAAGACAAGCUCCUUUGCUGGCCUUACUUCUUGAUGCCCAAGCUACCAAGCUGGUCGUCCGCCACUGGGCGCGUCACCAUCAUUGCCGACGCUGCUCAUGCAAUGCCGGCCUCGUCUGGCCAAGGAGUGAACCAGGCCUUGGAGGAUGUAUACUCUUUGGCAAGGGUUCUCGCUCGAGCUGAUGGCUCUUCCAAAGACUUGCCUCGAGACUUGGGGAUUUGGCACGCGUGGAGACAACAAAAGCUUGACGCUGUCAUUCAGAUGAUGAACAUGACAAACCAAUUGAGGACGGCCCAAGGAGAUAAAGCCUGCCCUGCAACUACUCCCCAAGCCUUGGUGCAGUGGAUCAACGGGCUGCAUCUUGAGGAACUUGAUGCUUUGCUCAAUGCCCCUUGA